GAACACCAUAUUUCACUUCACUCCCCCAGUCCUACUAUAUAGUUGUUCCUCCGUUGGACCCCCAUUGCCUUUUAUUUUCUUUCCCAUCUCCUUUGAUCUUUUCCUCGAUUUGCAUACAAAGAGGAAAAGACCCACCACUUUUUCCUAUUUACGGAAACAGAAGAGGGAGAAAUACAUUCUUGAUUCUUGAACAAAGUGUUGAAGCAAACAGCACUAUGAGAGACUUCACUUCUCUCAUCACUGUUCUGUCACUGCUGCUUGUUUUACAUGCCGUUAAUGGCGACAACCCUUACAGAUUUUACACUUGGAAAGUCACCUACGGUGAUAUUUAUCCUCUGGGAGUCAAGCAACAGGGAAUCUUGAUAAAUGGGCAGUUUCCGGGGCCGACGAUUGACUGUGUUACCAAUGACAACUUGAUUAUCAGUGUUUACAACUACUUGAAUGAGCCAUUUCUCAUUUCUUGGAAUGGAUUGCAGCAGAGACGAAAUUCCUGGCAGGACGGAAUGUUUGGCACCAGCUGCCCAAUCCCGCCUGGGAAAAACUUCACUUAUGCCCUUCAAGCAAAAGAUCAGAUUGGAACCUAUUUCUACUUCCCAUCACUUGCACUCCAUAAGGCUGCUGGAGGAUAUGGUAGCAUUAAAGUCUACAGUCGUCCUCGUAUUCCUGUACCUUAUCCUACUCCUGCUGGGGAUCAUGUCGUACUUGCUGGGGACUGGUUCAAGAGAAGUCACAGACAAUUGAAGUAUUUCUUGGAUGGUGGUCACAAUCUUCCCUUCCCUGAUGGGCUUAUCAUAAACGGGCGUGGUUGGAAUGGAUAUACAUUCAAUGUUGAUCAAGGCAAAACAUACAGGUUCAGGAUAUCCAAUGUUGGGCUUGCAACUUCCAUUAAUUUCAGAAUCCAGGGACACACCAUGAAACUGAUAGAAGUAGAAGGAUCACACACGCUCCAGACUACCUACUCGUCCCUCGACGUCCAUCUAGGACAGUCUUACUCAGUCUUGGUGACAGCUAACCAGCCAGCAAAGGACUAUUACGUUGUAGUAUCAUCACGAUUCACCUCUAAAGUGCUUACCACCACUGCUGUUCUCCAUUACCGUAAUUCAUUUGCAAAAGUUUCUGGUUACCCCCCCGGUGGACCUACCACAGAGAUUGAUUGGUCUCUCAACCAGGCUAGAUCUAUACGUUGGAACCUGACGGCGAGUGGACCCAGACCGAAUCCACAAGGCUCCUACCACUACGGACUGAUCAAGCCUGCUAGGACCAUUAUUCUUGCCAACUCUGCUCCGUAUAUUAAUGGCAAACAGAGAUAUGCUGUCAACGGUGUGUCGUAUGUAUCCCCAGACACUCCCUUAAAGUUGGCUGAUUACUUCAAUAUCGGAGGGGUCUUCAGCGUCGGGAGUAUCCCCGACAGACCUAACUGGGGAAAUGGCUACCUCGCAACCUCUGUGAUGCAUGCUGAUUACCGGUCUUUUGUAGAAAUCGUGUUCCAAAAUUGGGAGAAUACUGUCCAGUCAUGGCACAUCGAUGGAUAUUCUUUCUUUGUUGUUGGAAUGGAUGGUGGACAAUGGACUCAAGCUAGCAGAUCUCGCUACAAUUUGAGAGAUACAGUUGCUCGUUGCACUGUUCAGGUGUACCCGAAAUCUUGGACUGCAAUCUACAUUGCUUUGGACAAUGUGGGAAUGUGGAACAUAAGAUCUGAGGACUGGGCAAGGCAGUAUUUGGGUCAGCAAUUCUACCUAAGAGUUUACACCUCAUCCAAAUCAUGGAGAGAUGAACUUCCAAUUCCAAGGAAUGCUCUCCUUUGCGGCCGAGCAAGAGGACGUCAUACUAGACCUCUUUAAAUAUGCACAGUUUAAACCGUCACGAAAGGGUGACCGGGCAACAAACAUGGCAUUUAGGAAAGCAAAUGUCGGUUCAGGCAGCUCAACUUGAGCCGUGAGUUAUAUUAUAUUCAACA